AUGCGUGAGGUGUGCACUAUAACAAUUAGUCGAAAUCAACAAACACGAAUCGGAGGACCGGGAAAAAUUGUUGAAAUCGACGAAAGUAUGUUUUCAAAAAGAAAGAAUAAUGCUGGAAGAAUAUUACCACAACAGUGGAUAUUUGGAGGAAUUUGUCGCGAAACCAAGGAGUCAUUUCUAAUCCAAGUUCCUAAUCGCACCAAGGAAACACUUUCAACUGCGAUAAAACAAUAUAUAAAGGUAGGUACAACCAUAUAUUCUGACUGUUGGCGUGGAUAUGAUACAGACGAAUUAACCAGAGCUGGAUACACGCAUGGUACAGUCAAUCAUACUAAUAACUUUGUAGACCCAGUUACUGGGAUCCAUACUCAGCAUAUUGAACGUCUUUGGGGCUCCGCUAAAUGGAGAAAUAAAAAACAUAGGGGAACCAGACGCCAUCAUUUGGAUUCUUAUCUGGCGGAGUUUAUCUGGAGACAAAACAUUGGAGGACAAGGAGAACCAUUCGAAUACAUAUUAAAAAAUAUUUCCGAAAAUUGGUCACCAAAAAUAGAAUUUUAG